UGCAACAGCUUCGACUGAACUUGAGAACCUGCGCUCCUCGUACCAAGAGUUGGAGACGAAGCUAAAGGAAGCGGAACUUAAGAGGGAGCAGGCCGAAAAGCAACUGGCGGAGAAAAACUCCGAGCAUAUCAGGGAGAAGGGCGAGCUGGAACUGAAAAAGAAUGCUGACAGCGAGACCAUCAGGAGGCAGCAAAAAGAGCUCAAUGGACUCCGGAAAUUUAUGGAGACGGCGGAGCAGCACUGGGACUUGCUCAAUGAGAACAUCUUGGAGCCGCUUGGGUACCCGGAACAGCGCCGGAAUUUGUUCCCACGGGACGACCUUCUGCAACUCGCGGGCGAUGACUGCAAGGAUCUCAUCUCCGCCUCCCGCAAGAUAUGCUAUAACUUGAACAUCAAGAGGAGCCGCACUUGCGACGUGCGCAAGCUUAUUGGUAAGAUGGAUGUUUUGCCGGAGCUGGUGACGGAUCUGCAAGCAUCUUCAGCCCGAGGCGCAGCUGCAAUGGCCUUGACCAUGUGCCUAGCACAUACUCCGGGUCUUGAUCUUGAUGAAGUGACCACGGGCGUUCCUCCGGAUGCGGAUGUCGGCGCGCUGCUGGAUGCAGUGAGCGGCUACGACACCCGUAUCGCGCGCAGGAUCCGGCACGAGGAAUUCUACGACAAGGUCGUCCUCGCUGCUGACGAGCCCUUAGAAGCGGAACUUCAGAAGGAACUCGAUGCCAAGGCGCGACCUGCGGAAUCCGGAGCCCAGUUUACCUGGACCAGCUCCAAGGAUGCUCCCCAAGAGGAACCCAAGACCAGCACUGCUGCCUCUGAAGAAAAAGAAAGUGAAGAAGACGUGUCUUCUCCGGCCGAAGGCGCCAAGGAACAGGAUCCAGAGGGCAAGACUUCUCCGGCUAAGGGGGAGUGAAAACUUUUAUUCCUGCGGGAAAAACAAUGCAUCAUUUUGGCCCCAGCGAGGGUUUGUAAUAAGACUUUAAAUUCUUAAGUAGCUAGGAACGAAACGAUUAUGCAU